AUGGCUCAGCGAGCCUGGGGCAGCAUGCUCUUCCACAACCGCAAGACCCAGCUCCUGCUGGUCAACUCCCUGACGUUCGGUCUGGAGGUCUGCCUGGCUGCAGGGAUAACCUACGUGCCUCCGCUGCUGCUGGAAGUGGGGGUGGAGGAGAAGUUCAUGACCAUGGUUUUAGGGAUAGGACCCGUCCUUGGCUUGGUUUUUGUCCCGCUGAUCGGAUCCGCCAGCGACCACUGGCACAGCAGUUACGGCCGAAGGCGACCUUUCAUCUGGAUGCUGUGCCUGGGGGUCCUGCUGAGCCUCUUCGUUAUCCCCCACGCCAGCAGCCUGGCCAGCCUGUUCGCCCUCAACGCUCGCCCGCUGGAGAUUGCCUUCCUCAUCCUGGGCAUCGGGCUAUUGGAUUUCUGCGGCCAGGUCUGCUUCACUCCGCUGGAAGCCCUGCUCUCGGACCUCUUCCAGGAGCCAGACAACUGCCGCCAGGCCUUCUCCAUGUACGCCUUCAUGAUCAGCCUGGGGGGCUGCAUCGGCUACCUGCUUCCCGCCAUCGACUGGGGCGGCAGCUUUCUGGCCCCGUACCUGGGAGGGCAGGAGACCUGCCUCUUCAGCCUCCUUGCCGUCAUCUUCCUCGGCUGUGUGCUGGCCACGCUCUUCGUGACAGAGGAGGCAGCCACCCAGGCAGAUGCUCUGGAUGGUCCGGCGCUGAAGGACGUUCCUCCUAAGCCCUCGCCUCCUGCCUGCUGCUCUUGUCAGCUCUCCAGGAGCUCCUGUCUCCUGCAGGCCAGGCACCUCACGCAGGCGCUGAGAAACCUCUGCACGCUGGUGCCGCGGCUUCACAGCCUCUACUGCCGCAUCCCCAAAGUCAUCCGGCGCCUGUUCGUGGCCGAGCUCUGCAGCUGGAUGGCACUCAUGACUUUCAUGCUCUUCUACACGGACUUUGUUGGGGAAGGGCUGUACCACGGCGUCCCCAGAGCCAAGCCAGGCACGGACGCCAGGCGCCACUACGAUGAAGGUGUCCGGAUGGGUAGUUUGGGCCUCUUCCUGCAAUGCGUCACAUCCAUCUUCUUUUCGACAAUCAUGGACCGGAUGGUGAAGCAGUUUGGGACGCGGGCGGUCUACCUGGCCAGCGUGGUGUUCUUCCCCGUGGCUGCCUUCGUCAUGUGCCUUUCUCACAGUGUCAUCGUUGUUACCAUCUCAGCCGCUCUGACGGGCUUCACCUUCUCUGCACUCCAGAUCCUGCCGUACACACUGGCAUCGCUGUAUCAUCAUGAAAAACAGGUAUUUUUGCAUAAAUAUAAGAGCAAAGAGGAAGACGCAGCUCAAUUGAACAAGAAGUCAGCCUUCUCCAAAGGCCUCCUGUCCAGCCAGAAGCUGCCUUACCAGAACGGACAUACUGGGAGCCUCUUCUCUUCCUCCUCCUCCUCCUCCUCCUCUCCUCCAGCCGCCGGCUCGGCUCUGUGCGUCAGCUCCUCCUGCGACGUCUCGCUCAUGAUGAUGGUGGGAGAACCGGACUCAGUGCCUCCUGGCCGAGGGAUCUGCUUGGACCUGGCUAUUUUGGACAGUGCUUUUCUCCUCUCUCAGGUUGUCCCCUCCCUCUUCAUGGGGUCCAUCGUGCAGUUUACGCAGUCGGUGACUGCCUACAUGGUGUCGGCUGCCGGCUUUGGCCUGGUAGCCAUUUACUUUGCAACCAAAGUUGUCUUUGAUAAGAGUGACAUGGCGAAGUAUUCGGUGUGA